GCAAGUUGUUCAACGAAUGCUCUUGGUGUACAGAGGAUCACAGUGCCAGUUCCAGUGGGACUGCCGUAAGGAUAACAUUAUACCAAAAGUACAAGAACGUGUGUUGAAAUAAGUCAAGAUGAACAGAAACACAGGCAAUCAACCAAGGGAUUCGAUCUACCGUAUUCCUCCAUACCACUACCUCCAUGUGUUGGAUAUUAACACAAAUAUUACACGGAUAGAGCUUGGACCGAAAACAUUCAUACGCACAGAUAAUGAGAGUGCACACGUACUGACUGAGAAGAAAGCCCUUCAUAUUAAAGCCACACGAACCUUCAAAGAUAACUUUGGGAUUGUGCGAAAGAGUGGAGAAGAAUGGUUGAUCAAGUUUAGUGACACAGAGACACACAUACCUGAUGUGUACGAGGAGGUGGUUGGUGUGAUUAACAUCACAACACUGACCAACCGCCAGUAUUGUGUCAUUUUGGAUCCAAUCGGAGACGAUGGCAAACCGCAGCUAGGAAAGAAAAAACUUAUCAAGGGCGAUAAGUCGUUCUUCAUGCAGCCCGGGGAACAGAUGGAGAAUGGCAUACAAAGCGUGUACAUUCUCAGUGAACAGGAGGGGCUCAUCCUCCAUGCGAGUGAAGCAUUUGUAGAUAUGACCACGGCAGAUAAAGAUGGGUGUCAACGCUGCCCAGGAGACAAGUGGAUGAUUCGUGGUCCUAUAGAGUAUGUGCCUCCAGUGCAGGUGGAAGUUAUUUCUCAGAGAACUGCAAUUCCCUUGGAUGAUAAUGAGGGAAUUUAUGUCAGAGAUAUGAAGACCGGAAAGGUUAGAGCGAUUGUGGGUGAAACUUACAUGCUUACCCAGGACGAGGAACUCUGGCAGAAAACGAUGACACCAGCAGUUGAAGAACUGCUGGGUCAGGCGAAGGACCCGUUAGCUGAUCGCAGCAACCGCAGUGAGACUUUCCAGCAGAAAAAGAGAGACAAGACACGUGUGGUGACGUUUCGCGUGCCACACAAUGCUGCUGUGCAGAUAUAUGAUUACAAGGCAAAGAAGGCUAGGGUGAUCUUUGGGCCUGACCUAGUUAUGCUGUCACCGGAUGAGCAAUUUACACAGCUGAGUCUGUCUGGCGGUAAGCCGAAGAAACCCAAUGUGAUCAAGGCGCUCUGUCUGCUGCUAGGCCCUGACUUCUUUACCGACAUUGUUACCGUGGAGACGGCGGAUCACGCACGGCUGCAGUUGCAGUUGGCCUACAACUGGCAUUUUGAUCUUCCGGAGGAGGAGACCCAGAAGAGCCGGCUGUUCAGUGUCGCAGAUUUUGUCGGCGAUGCCUGCAAAGCGAUCGCUUCACGCAUCCGCGGUUCCGUCGCCAGCAUUCCGUUUGACGACUUUCACAAGAAUUCGGCGAAGAUCAUCCGCGUAGCGGUAUUCGGCAUGGAUGCUGAGAUGAAUGUGCGCAAGCACCUGUGUUUUGAGCAGAACUCCCUGUUCAUCACAAGCGUAGACAUCCAAUCUGUGGAGCCCGUCGACCAGCGCACACGCGAUUCACUCAUGAAGUCUGUGCAGCUAGCGAUAGAAAUCACCACCAGCUCGCAGGAGGCAGCAGCCAGGCAUGAGGCACAGCGUCUAGAGCAGCAAGCAAAGGGCAAGCUCGAGAGACAGAAGAUCCUGGACGAGGCAGAGGCAGAGAAGUCGAGGCGAAACCUGCUGGAACUACAGGCACUCAGUGCAGCAAUUGAGAGCACCGGCCAGGCAAAGGCUGAGGCGCAGGGUCGUGCAGAAGCUGAGAAGAUUGAAGGGGAAGCUGCAGUACAGCAGGCGAGACUGAAGGCUGAAGCCACAUCAAUAGAGGCCGCAUCGGAGCUGCAGCGUCUACAGAACGCCAGAGAAGCUGAGGUUCAUUAUGUUCGUGAGCAGAACGCUCUUGAGGUUGAGAAGAGCCGCAUUCAUAGCAACAUUAAAGUGGAGGAGUUUGCAAACAUGGUGAAAGCCAUAGGGGCAGAUACGAUCCGCGCGAUUGCUAUAGCCGGACCGGAGAUGCAGGCAAAGCUUCUGCAGUCUCUGGGAAUACAGUCGACAUUGAUCACUGAUGGAUCAACGCCAAUCAACUUGUUCAACACUGCGCACGGCAUGAUCGGUGCUCUGCCUAUUGCACAGCCGGCAAAGAAACAAAAGGUGGACGACGACGAAUCUGCCUGCGAGUAAUUAAGGACGUGAAGAGAAUGUGUGGUCUAUGCCCCUGAUGGCUCUUGGUCUGUAGCCGUUAUGGCUUUCAGAGUGGAAGGAAUGGUUGGAAGGGCUUCACAGAAAAUAAUGUGUUAGAUAUAAGAGAAUGCAUUACAUGGGGGAUGUCGUACAAGAAAGAAGACUGUGUCACGUGAGGAAAUUUGUAAGAUGAGGGGAUGUCACAGAAAGAAUUGGACACACACGAAAGUGUCACAUGAAGGAAUGUAUCAGAUAAUUAUAUAUUGGUGAUUGUACUGGUAAGAUAUUACUAUAUUUUCCAAUGGUCUGGAGUUUACGGGUUUUUAUUUCUGAUGAUUAAGUUUCGCCGGAUUUUUUCUGUCACUGCUUGAAAGGAAGCUGCUUGGUUAGCAUUUAGUUAGCAUAUAUACUAAUCGUAUAUAUGAGCAAAUUUGGGUUCCUAUCAACAUAAAACUACAAACAACAAAUUAGCAUACUGCAAAAUUCAUUUACUUUCUCUUAAAGUUUAUACUCUGCAAAACUUAUUAUGAUCAAUUAUUUCUUUUGAGUAGGUAGCAGGUUCUCCGAGACACAUGUAAGAUGUCGGUAUUAGAAACGUGUAUGUGGAACAGACUAUAGUGUAUCCAGGCAAAAACUAUCCCAUUAUUUGACAAAUACUAGCAUAUUGCUGACGAGAGCCGGCCCUUUUGUUUAGCAGGAAGUGGCCCUUUGUUCAUUCUGAUUCAAAGUUCUGUUGUUUCGAAGAGAGUAGCCGAUUGCAUAGGUGGGCUGAUCAUUUUUGCUCACCAGUCGAUUGUCAGUGCACCGAUGUGGGGCGGGAACUUAUAGUAAUUGUGUAUGACAUAGAUGUUUCACUAUCGAUUGAAGUUGUUGAGGUGUUGUCACACUGUUCGUAGAUGUCGCUGUGUGC